AUGCAAUUACUUGAACAAGCACAAACUUUGUUAAAUUUCGAUCCUCAAUCACCAUUCGACGUUAAUGUUCUCGAUGCUGUUGUCAACACAAUGUAUCGCGGACAAGGCGACGCCCAACGACAAGCAAACGAAGUUUUAAAUACGCUACGUGACCAUCCCGAUGCGUGGACUAAGGUUGACAGGAUCUUAGAAUUUUCCAAAUGUCAAGAAACAAAAUACUACGCUUUGCACAUUCUCGAGAAAACAAUCAAAACACGCUGGAAAGCUUUACCAAAGGAACAAUGUGAAGCUAUCAAACAGUACAUUGUAAGUUUGGUUAUAUCACAUUCACAAAAUCCGGAAUUGAUGGAACGUGAAAAGGUUUACUUGAAUAAAUUGAACGUCAUUCUUGUACAAAUACUAAAACAUGAAUGGCCGAACAAGUGGCCAAAUUUUAUUAGCGAUAUCGUGGAAGCAAGUAAAACAAGUGAAUCAAUGUGUCAGAAUAAUUUAGAAAUUUUAAAACUUCUCAGUGAAGAAGUCUUUGAUUUUUCAUCAGGUCAAAUGACACAAGCCAAGGCCAAGCAUUUAAAAGACACCAUGUGUAAUGAAUUUACCAAAAUUUUCCAACUUUGCGAAUAUGUUGUGGAAAAAUCACGGCAUCCACCUUUGCUUUUGGUUACAUUGGAAACACUCUUACGUUUUCUCAGUUGGAUCCCGCUUGGUUAUAUUUUCGAAACAAACAUGGUCAAUACAUUAAUUGAAACUUUUUUUACGGUACCAAUGUUUCGCAAUGUGACACUUCGUUGUUUAACUGAAAUUGCAAGCAUUCAAGUUGCCCAAUACGAAGAUAAGUUCAUUGAUUUCUUUCGUCGAACAAUGACUCAAUUGAAAACAGUUAUGCCAUUAUCAAUUGAUUUAAAAUCCGCCUAUCGUACCGCGAAGGAUGAUGAUCAAAAGUUCAUUCAAAAUUUAGCUUUAUUUCUGUCAAACUUUUUAAAAGAACAUGGCAUUUUAAUCGAGCGUACACCCGAUUUGAAAGACACAUUGAUGGAAGCACUUCAAUAUCUUGUCUUGACAUCAGAAGUCGAAGAAAUUGAAAUCUUCAAAAUCUGUUUGGAAUAUUGGAACAUUCUAAGCGCUGAACUCUAUCGUGAAGUACCAUAUCAACAAGCAGCACCCUCGUACUUACGAUCGAGCAACUCGAAUAGUGCACCAACACGACGCCAAUUUUAUAACGUUAUGUUAUCGAAGGUUCGACGAAUUAUGAUUUCACGUAUGGCACGACCAGAAGAAGUACUUGUCGUCGAAAAUGAACGUGGUGAAGUUGUGCGAGAAUUUAUGAAAGAUACUGAUGCGAUCAAUCUUUACAAAAAUAUGCGUGAAACACUUGUUUACUUGACUCACUUGGACUAUGUCGAUACAGAAUCGAUUAUGACUGAAAAAUUAGCGAAUCAAGUCAACGGUACAGAAUGGUCAUGGAAAAAUCUAAACACCCUUUGUUGGGCCAUUGGUUCCAUCUCAGGGGCUAUGGUAGAAGAUGAUGAAAAACGCUUUCUUGUUACUGUUAUCAAAGAAUUGCUUGGUCUCUGCGAACAAAAACGUGGUAAAGAUAACAAGGCUAUCAUUGCAUCGAAUAUUAUGUACGUUGUUGGUCAAUAUCCUCGAUUUCUUCGCGCACAUUGGAAAUUUCUUAAAACAGUAGUUAAUAAACUCUUCGAAUUCAUGCACGAAACACAUGAAGGUGUACAAGACAUGGCUUGUGAUACCUUCAUUAAAAUCGCCCAAAAAUGUCGUCGACAUUUUGUUACAAUUCAAUUAGGUGAAUCUCAAGCAUUUGUUGAUGAAAUUUUAACAAAUAUUAACGGUAUUAUCUGUCAUUUGGAACCACACCAAGUUCAUACGUUCUAUGAAGCAGUGGGUAAUAUGAUUGCAGCUAGUAUUGAUAAUGUUCAACAAACGAAAUUAAUCGAAAAGUACAUGCAGUUGCCAAAUGAUGUUUGGACUACGAUUAUAUCUGAAGCGAAAAAAUCAGUGGAUUGCUUAAAGGAUCCUGAAGUUGUUAGUAAUAUUUUAAAUAUUCUCAAAACAAACAUUCGCGCUUCAAAAGCCUUGGGUGCACCUUAUGUUCAUCAAUUAACAAAAAUCUAUCAGGAUAUGUUACACAUCUACAAAGUAACAUCGGAAAAUAUCAAUCAGGCUAUACGCAUGAAUGGUCCCAUGGUGGUCAAACAGCGUUUAAUUAAAGCCAUGAUGGCUGUUAAAGAAGAUACAUUAGUUUUACUUGGAAGUUAUUUUUCUAAAGCGACAAAUGUUCAACAAAUUCUUGAUCAAUUCUUAACACCAUUAUACACAUUCGUCUUAGUUGAUUACCGAGAUUGUCAUGCUGAAGCUCGAGAAUCCGAAGUGUUGAAUAUGUUAGCAACGCUAAUCACUAAAAUCGAAGAUCGACUAACACCUCGUAUACCUGAAAUAUUCGAUUUAACAUUCGAGCAUACACUUCAUAUGAUCGACAGGAAUUUCGAAGACUAUCCCGAUCAUCGAAAGAACUUCUAUUUACUUCUACAAGCAGUGACUAACGUUUGCUUUCCAGCACUGUUGGCUUUGAAUCCCACACAAUUCAAACUUGUUUACGAUUCGAUCAUGUGGGCAUUGAAGCAUACUAUGCGAACAAUAUCAGAAUUGGGUCUGGAAAUCUUACAGAUUAUGUUACGAAAGUUUCAAACAUGCGACCCACAGGCAGCACAAACGUUUUAUCAAGUUUACUAUCUGGAAACCAUGCAACACAUCUUUGCUGUCGUAGCUGAAUGUUCGCACACAUCGGGUAGGAAAUGGUUUAANUGCGAACAAUAUCAGAAUUGGGCAGCACAAACGUUUUAUCAAGUUUACUAUCUGGAAACCAUGCAACACAUCUUUGCUGUCGUAGCUGAAUGUUCGCACACAUCGGGUUUAACGGCUCAUUCUCAAAUCUUGGCGAAUCUAUUCGUUAUUGUUGAACAAGGUUUAAUUAAAGUUCCAUUGGCAGCUGAAGUUCAGGAUCCAGCGCAAAACUUGCUCUAUGUUCAGCAAUUUAUGGCUAAUCUUUUAAAAACAGCUUUCCCACAUUUACAAGAUAAUCAAAUCAAAGUUAUUAUCGAAGGUUUCGUGACCUUAGACCAAGAUAUAGCUGGUUUUAAAGAACAUUUACGUGAUUUCCUUGUUCAAAUACGUGAGGCCACUGGCAAUGAUACAGCUGAUCUUUAUCUUGAAGACCGUGAACAAACAUUGAAACGUGCAGCAGAAGAAAAACGUAAAAUACAAAUGAGUGUUCCCGGUAUUCUCAAUCCACAUGAAAUUCCAGAAGACAUGCAAGAUUAA